GGAAGUUUUGCAUCAGACAGCCCAGCGGGGGGCAGGUUUUUCUGCAAGUCAAGAAAGUCGUAGAAGAAGUAGGGCAGGCCGAGGAGAUUGAAAGGGCAAAACUAUCAAGCGAGAAAAACCGUUAAGUUCUGAUUCGCUUUGCGACGCCGCCUUCAUGCCUCAGGAACUCGGUUGAUUCCCGGUAUCUGUUACACCAUUCGCUGGCAGCGGCCGUUCAGCACUGGUGACCUCCAAGCCAACACUCCACAAAUUAUUAUCUCUGGACUCCCAGCUGACACGCUGCCGGAGGCAAGAGCUACGAAGUCAACUGGAAUUGUGCCUUUUCUCUUGUCAAGGUUUUUUUCUUACACAGGAAAAAGGAAGAAAAAAAAGAGAUGAAGCUGGGCAAAGUGGAGAUGUGCCAUUUUCUACAGCUGAUAGCUCUUUUCCUGUGUUUUUCUGGGACGAGUCAAGCCGAGCUUCCAAGGUCUAGAUCCCAGCCCUUCUUCCAGUCAGGGAGGUCCCGGACCAAGCGGAGCUGGGUGUGGAACCAGUUCUUUGUGCUGGAGGAAUACAUGGGCUCCGACCCCCUCUAUGUAGGAAAGCUCCACUCUGAUGUUGAUAAAGGAGAUGGUUCCAUCAAAUACAUCUUGUCAGGCGAAGGGGCAAGUUCCAUUUUCAUUAUUGAUGAGAACACGGGGGACAUCCAUGCUACCAAGAGACUGGACCGGGAGGAACAGGCCUACUACACGCUCCGAGCGCAAGCGCUGGACAGGCUCACCAACAAGCCCGUGGAGCCCGAGUCCGAGUUUGUUAUCAAAAUUCAGGACAUCAACGACAAUGAACCCAAAUUUCUGGAUGGCCCAUACACGGCAGGAGUUCCAGAAAUGUCUCCUGUCGGGACAUCAGUGGUGCAAGUAACAGCAACAGAUGCUGAUGACCCGACCUACGGAAACAGCGCUCGUGUUGUCUACAGCAUUCUCCAAGGGCAGCCCUACUUCUCGGUGGAGCCAAAGACAGGAGUCAUCAAGACUGCCCUUCCAAACAUGGAUAGAGAGGCUAAAGACCAGUAUUUGCUUGUCAUCCAGGCCAAGGAUAUGGUUGGUCAAAAUGGCGGGCUGUCAGGAACCACGUCAGUCACGGUGACCCUAACGGAUGUGAAUGAUAACCCACCUCGCUUUCCUCGAAGGUCUUAUCAGUAUAACGUUCCAGAAUCUUUGCCUGUUGCCUCAGUUGUGGCCAGAAUUAAAGCUGCAGAUGCUGACAUAGGUGUGAAUGCAGAAAUGGAGUACAAGAUACUGGAUGGUGAUGGGCUGGGGAUUUUCAAGAUAUCUGUUGACAAAGACACACAGGAAGGAAUAAUUACUAUACAAAAGGAACUGGACUUCGAAGCCAAAACAAGUUACACUCUACGCAUAGAGGCUGCAAAUAAAGAUGCUGACCCCCGCUUCCUCAGCUUGGGGCCGUUCAGUGACACGACCACCGUGAAGAUAAUUGUGGAAGAUGUGGACGAGCCCCCCGUGUUUUCUUCACCUUUGUAUCCCAUGGAGGUGUCAGAAGCUACACAAGUUGGGAACAUCAUUGGCACUGUUGCAGCUCAUGAUCCGGAUUCUUCUAACAGCCCUGUGAGAUAUUCAAUUGACAGAAACACAGAUUUGGAGAGAUAUUUCAAUAUUGAUGCCAAUAGUGGGGUUAUUACAACUGCCAAAUCAUUGGACCGAGAGACCAAUGCCAUUCACAACAUCACAGUCCUUGCCAUGGAGAGCCAGAAUCCGUCCCAGGUAGGAAGAGGCUAUGUGGCCAUCGCUAUACUUGACGUUAACGACAACGCCCCAGAAUUCGCUAUGGAUUAUGAAACUACGGUCUGUGAGAACGCGCAGCCGGGCCAGGUGAUCCAGAAAAUCAGUGCUGUGGAUAAAGACGAGCCCUCCAAUGGACAUCAGUUCUACUUCAGCUUGACACCGGACACGACCACCAGCCACAACUUUUCACUGAAGGACAACAAAGAUAACACAGCCUCCAUCCUCACCAGGAGACACGGCUUCCGGAGACAAGAGCAAUCCGUUUACUACCUGCCGGUUUUCAUUGUGGACAGUGGCUCUCCUUCGCUGAGCAGCACCAACACCCUGACCAUCCGCGUGUGUGAGUGCGACGCCGACGGCGCAGCCCAGACCUGCAACGCCGAGGCCUACGUGCUGCCCGCCGGCCUGAGCACCGGGGCGCUGGUCGCCAUCCUGGCCUGCGUGCUCACGCUCUUGGUGCUGGUCCUCCUCAUCGUCACGAUGCGCAGACGGAAGAAGGAGCCCCUCAUAUUGGACGAGGAGAGAGACAUCAGAGAGAACAUCGUCAGGUACGACGACGAGGGCGGGGGCGAGGAGGACACCGAGGCCUUCGACAUGGCUGCGCUGAGGAACCUCAACGUCAUCCGAGACGCCAAGACCCGCAGGGACGUGACGCCAGAGAUGCAGUUCCUAAGUCGGCCGACGUUUAAAAGCAUCCCGGACAACGUCAUCUUCAGGGAGUUCAUCUGGGAGAGGCUGAAAGAAGCCGACGUGGACCCCGGAGCCCCGCCCUACGACUCCUUGCAGACGUAUGCCUUUGAAGGCAACGGCUCAGUUGCGGAUUCGCUCAGUUCUCUAGAUUCCAUCAGCUCAAACUCUGAUCAGAAUUACGACUAUCUAAGUGAGUGGGGGCCCCGCUUUAAAAGACUGGCAGACAUGUACGGCAAUGGCCAGGAGAGCUUGCACUCAUAGCCCUGGACCCUUAGUUCACAAUGUACUGAAGAAAAUGGAACAGAAGAAAGGAAAGAGUGAAAA